AUGGAAGAUUUUUCCUCUUUUAUACAAAAUGGUGGAUUGAUCGAAGUGCCUUUUUCUGGAAAUAAACUGUCUUGGUGUAAUGGGCGUGGAGGUUUGACUCGUACUUGGGCUCGUUUGGAUAGGGCUUUGUGUAAUACAAGGCUUUUGGAUAGUUGGUCGACGGUUUCAUUGAAAUAUUUACCUCGGAAAUUGUCAUAUCAUGCGCCUAUGUCUCUUCGGUUGGAGAUUUCAAAUAAGAGGUAUGGUCCUAGCAUUUUUAGAUUCCAACAGAUGUGGACGUUGCAUGAAGGUUUUGGGGGGUUUGUUCAUAAUCUAUGGAAUGAGGAGGUGGAAGGAGCUGGUUUGUGGAAGCUUGCUUAUAAGUUGAAAAAAGUUAAAAAUGCUCUUAGAAGAUGGAAUCGUGAGGUUUUCAGUUGGACUACGGUGCACUUAAAACGACUGGAGGAAAAGGUUGAGCAAAAGGAAACUCAAUUGGCAUCGGCGUUGGUGCUUAGUUUAUCAGAUAUUAUCCAAGAAGAGGUGAGGGAAUCUGAAAAUUUUAAUUUAUGUAGGAGCCCUACGGAGCAGGAAAUUAAAGAUGCCUUGUUUGAUAUUUCGAUUAAUAGCAGGCCUGGCCCAGAUGGAUUUACUUCUGGUUUCUUCCAACAUUGUUGGGAUUUUAUUCAGACAGACUUGAUCGAGGCAGUCAGGGAUUUUUUUGCGGGUACGGUGUUUCCGAGGUAUUACACCGCUUCCUUUCUUGUUUUGAUUCCGAAAGUGCCGGGCCCAUGUUCCUUUGAUAAAUUUAGGCCUAUUAGCCUUUGCUCGGUUGUGUAUAAAAUAUGUUCAAAGCUGAUUGUGAAUCGAUUAUCUGCUGUUUUGUGUCGUUUGGUUUCUGAAGAGCAAGGAGCUUUUCUGCCUGGCAGAAGUAUUUUUGAGAGCAUAAGUCUUACACAGGAAUUGGUGUUUUCAAGAUUGUUGCGGAAGAAAGUUCAGGAUGGGACUAUUGGAUAUUAUUUGCAGCCUAGAAAGGGCCCGUUAAUAUCCCAUUUGCUUUAUGCGGAUGAUAUGGUUAUUUUUUCGACUGGUAGAAAGAAAGAUGUGUGGAGCAUUUUAGAAGUUCUUGAUAUCUAUGCCCAGUGGUUUGGUCAAGUGGUCAACGCCUCGAAGUCAUCUAUAUUUUUCUCCAACUGUAUACCAGAUUCUAGGCGUCAGGAGCUGAUUAGAGUAUCUGGUUUUUCGAUGGGGAAUUUCCCAACGCGAUAUUUGGGGGUUCCCAUUUUCUCUGGUAGGGUUAAAUCUUGGUAUUUUGAUGACUUGUUGGUUAAAAUUUCUAAAAAGAUUGAGGGUUGGAAGAUGAGAUAUCUUUCUGCUGGUGCCAAAUUACUUCUGAUUAAGCAUGUUCUUUCAAGAAGGCCAAAGAGGAAAUGGGUGAGUUGGGAAUUUGUUUGCAGGCCCGUGGAUGAAGGCGGCGUGGGGAUCAGAAAUAUUAUGGAUGUCUACAGCUCCCUUCAAUCCAAAUUUGCCUGGAAAUUCCUCUUGGAGGAUACCUUAUGGUCGCGUUUCUUUAAAGCCAAGUACGUGAAGAAUCAACAUUUUUCCCUUGUGGAUUCCUCUAAAGGCUCUAGAUUUUGGAAAAUGCUUAUUAAAGCAGUUCCCCUGGUUAUUGACAAAUCCGUAUGGAGUGUGAAAGACGGGAACCUAUCAUUUUGGCGGGAUAAGUGGAUGGAGUCGGGUCCUAUAUGUCAGAAUGUUCAGAUAUCUGAUUUGCCUUUCUUAAAAAUAAAAGAUUGCAUGGUUGAACAUAGUUGGGAUGUGGACUUGGUUGUUCAACUAGUGGGUCAAGAGGUUGCUGAUGAUAUUUUCUCUCAGAUUGAUGCCACUAAACCAGGAAUGGAUCGUUUAAAUAUGGCUUGGUAG